UCAUUGCUUUUGUGAAUGAUUGAAGUUCCUGAAUUGCAUGUAACAGUUCAAAUUCUUCAAAACAUAUCCAACAAGUUGAACAUCAGCAACUGGGCCACCAUCAAUCGAACUUCUUGCGAUGGUGCACAGUGGAACCAGACCAUCGACAGCAAAACUCAAAGCAUUGUUAAAUGCAACUGUACAUUUGAGAAUGGCUCCGUCUGUCAUGUCACUAACAUAAGCGUGAAAGGUUUUAAUUUGAACGGAGUUCUCCCAGAGGAACUAGGAGAUCUUCCUCAUCUGCUUGAAAUUGAUCUGACUCGCAACUACAUUAGUGGAACAAUCCCUCCAAGACUUGCUCAGCUCCCCAACCUUAAGAUUUUGUCUCUCAUCGUUAACCGUCUCACCGGCCCAAUUCCCCCAGAAAUAGGCAACAUUACCACACUGGAGGAGCUGGUCCUGGAUGAUAAUCUGCUAGGAGGGCCUCUUCCUCCAGAACUUGGAAAUUUGACAAGCUUAAGAAGACUUGUCCUUUCCUCAAACAAUUUUACAGGAAGGAUACCAGAGAAACUUGGCAAUUUAAAGAAUUUAACUGAAUUUAUGAUAGAUGGGAGCGAACUGUCAGGGAAGAUACCUGAAUUUAUCGGGAACUGGAUCAAUAUUGAAAAAUUGGAUUUGCAAGGAACAUCCAUGGAGGGUCCUAUUCCAUCUAGCAUGUCAUUGUUAACAAGUUUAAAAUCUCUGAGAAUAUCCGAUUUGAAUGGAUCAAGUUCAACUUUCCCUAAUCUACAGGCCAUGAAAAACUUGGAAAAUCUCAUUCUGAGAAAUUGCUUAAUUAAUGAUUCAAUCCCAGACUACAUUGCAAAUAUGUCGUCUUUGAAAAUUUUAGAUUUGAGCUUCAACAAGUUGACAGGCCGAAUCUCUAAAUUCACGAAUUUGGGAAGCGUAACGGUGUUUUUGAACAACAACUUACUAACUGGAGAAGUGCCUAAUUGGGCAUUGAACAAAAAGAAGCAAGUGGAUUUGUCCUACAACAAUUUUACGUGGUCAGCUUUAGAAGGGUCAGCUCUAGGUGGUUGCCAACAACUGAAGCAAAACCUGAACUUAGUUUCUAGUCAUUUAUCAAAUAACAACACUGAUGAGUGGUGCUUCACAAAAGACCUUCCGUGCACACAAAAUCCUGAAUAUCGUUCCUUGUUCAUAAACUGUGGAGGGGGCAGUGAGCCUUUUAAUGAUGAUACAUAUGAAGGAGACUUAACUGAUGGUGGGCCAGUUGCAUUUUCCUUUCUACCAGGAAAAUGGGGUUAUAGCAGUACUGGGACUUAUAUGGAGAACAAUUCGGUUCAAACUUCCAUAGCAAAAAAUGAUUUUAAUCUGGGUGUGACAGGAGUUUAUGAAACUGCUCGCCUUGCUCCUCAGUCACUGAAAUACUAUGCCCUGUGUUUGCCAAAGGGAAAGUAUAAAGUGCAGCUCCACUUUGCGGAAAUUAUGUAUUCUAAUGAUCAGACAUAUAGAAGCCUUGGGAGGCGCAUAUUUGAUAUAUCGAUUCAAGGGAUCACACUUCGGAAGAAUUUCAAUAUCAUGGAGAAAGCUGGAGGAGUUGGCAUCGGCAUCAUUGAGGUAUUUGAUAAUAUAAUUGUUAACGGUAGCACACUAGAGAUACACUUGUACUGGGCAGGCAAAGGCACUACUUUCGUUCCUAACAGAGGUGUCCAUGGACCACUCAUAUCUGCCAUCACAGUGACACCAAAGUUCAAGAACGGAUCAGGAUUAUCAGUUGGAGCCGUAAUCGGUAUUGUAGCUGCUUCAUGUGUACUUGCUGCGCUGUUUUUGCUGCUACUCCGAUCGAAAGGUUACCUGGGAGGAAAGGAACUCGUAGACAAAGAACUUCGCGGUCUGGAUCUCCAAACUGGUUAUUUCACGUUAAGACAAAUCAAACAUGCUACCAAUAAUUUCGACACUGCGAAUAAGAUAGGAGAGGGAGGAUUUGGGCCAGUUUACAAGGGUGUAUUGUCAGAUGGUGCUGUAAUUGCUGUUAAGCAGCUAUCAUCCAAAUCGAGACAAGGGAAUCGUGAAUUUGUGAAUGAGAUAGGCAUGAUAUCUGCCUUACAACAUCCCCAUCUCGUGAAGCUUUACGGCUGUUGUAUUGAGGGAAACCAGUUGUUGUUAGUAUAUGAAUACUUGGAAAACAAUAGUCUUGCGCGCGCACUCUUUGGUCGCGAGGAACACCAGCUUCAAUUGGACUGGCAAACAAGAAGGAAGAUAUUGUUGGGUAUUGCGAAGGGGUUAUCAUAUCUUCAUGAAGAAUCAAGGCUGAAGAUUGUGCACAGAGACAUAAAGGCAACCAAUGUGCUGCUUGAUAAGGAUCUAAAUGCCAAGAUAUCUGACUUUGGUUUGGCCAAGCUUGAUGAAGAAGAAAACACUCAUAUAAGCACGCGAAUAGCUGGAACAAUAGGUUAUAUGGCUCCAGAAUAUGCAAUGAGGGGUUACUUGACAGAUAAAGCAGAUGUUUACAGCUUCGGAGUUGUUGCCUUAGAAAUUGUCAGUGGGAAGAGCAACACGAAUUACAGGCCGAAAGAGGAGUUUGUUUAUCUUCUUGAUUGGGCUUAUGUCCUGCAUGAGAGAAACAACCUUCUUGAGCUUGUGGAUCCAAGGCUUGGUUCAAGCUACUCAAAAGAAGAGGCAAUGAAGAUGCUGAACUUGGCUCUCCUGUGCACCAACCUAUCUCCCUCUCUGAGGCCAUCGAUGUCCUCCGUGGUGAGAAUGCUUGAGGGCAAGAUUCCAGUUCAAGCCCCAAUAAUCAGCCGUGGUAGCACGGACCAGGAAGCAAGGUUCAAAGCCUUCGAGCUUCUAUCACAAGAUAGCCAAACACAGGUCUCCACUCUCUCUCAGAGCAGUCAGGUGCAGAGCAGCAGCAUAUCAAGGGAUGGACCAUGGGUAGAUUCCUCAUAUUCCCUCCAGAGUAAUGAUGAGACUAAGGAUCUUUAUCCCAUCAACGCAGAUUGACCGAUGGAAAUAAUUAAGAUGAAAAACCCCUAUUCAUUUAAGGUGUAAUAAUAUUAUGGCUGCUAAGUGCUAAGAGAAGAAAUCGUUUUGUAGGGCUUGUUAGAACAAGCGAUUGGGACUAUUAUUUUUUUGGCACAAGUACACCAUCCAUGUUGCAUUAAAAAAACAUAUUUAAUUUAAAUACAAAAACCAAUCUAAUAAUUUAGUUACAUUCAUCAAUAGCAAUAAAUUUUGCAUGAUAUGAUUGAAAAUAAAUCGUU